CACGAGUCAUCCUUACCCCCACCACAUCUUAAAAUGUCCACUGCUGAAGAGAUCGCCAAAGCAGCCAAGAUUGCUUUCGAGGAUUCGCAGCUCGUCGCAUCGUCUGAACGCGUGAAUGCCCUGCAUCACAUACGGCGAGCCUUGGAGUCAUGUAAGGCGGAAAUCCUAGCGGCGAACAAGGAGGAUCUGCAGGCUGCUCAAGUCGAAGUAGACGCAGGGCGGAUGACCGAAUCACUGCUGAAGCGCUUAGACCUGAACAAGGGCGACAAAUGGGACUCGAUGCUCGAGGGCGUUUCUCAAGUGCAGACCUGCCGGAUCUACCGGUAUUGUCUCCUACGCCAAGGCGCUGGAUGACGAUCUGGAGGUCUUUCGGGUUCCUGUCCUAUUGGCGUUCUGCUUGUCAUAUUCGAAGCGCGUCCGGAGGUCGUGGUGAACAUCGCGGCUCUGGCAAUCAAGUCCGGCAAUGCUGCCAUUCUCAAGGGCGGAAAAGAAUCGAAUCGAACCACACAACUCCUCGCACAAGCGAUCGCAACGGGACUGUCUCAAUCGUCUCUCCCCAGCACUAUGUGCAGACCAUCCAGACCCGGGCAGAGGUCUCAUCGCUUCUCUCGUUGGACCAAUACAUUGACUUGUCAUACCACGAGGAAGCAAUGCUCUCGUGCGGAACAUCCAAAACAACACGCGAAUCCCAGUGAUGGGACAUGCUGACGGCCUGUGCCAUGUGUAUUUGGAUGAAUCGGCGGAUGCAGAAAAAGCUGCUCGUGUGGUCGUCGACUCGAAGAUCGACUACCCGUCUGCCUGCAACGCAGUUGAGACGCUCAUGUACACAAAUCUCUGUUGCGAACUGUAUGGCCAGUGGUGGCUCGUGCGUUACUCGAAGUCAACGUCCGAAUGCUCUGCGAUUCCGCGACUCUCGAGGUGGUUCAGAAUCUGUCCCCAGCACCGCCGAACUUGACAACCCACAUCUCGCCCUCUACCCCCGAAUCUACUCCACUGAGCAUCUGACGCUCACGCUCUCCGUCGUCACAGUCACUCCCUGUCUGAGGCUGUCCGAUUCAUCAACUCCCACUCCUCGCACCACACCGAUUCCAUCGUCACGGAAAACGAGCAGGCCGGAGCUGUAUUCUGCCGGGGCGUCGACAGCGCUGGCACUUUCGUCAAUGCGAGCACUCGAUUUGCUGACGGAUUUCGAUUCGGGUUUGGGACGGAAGUGGGCAUUAGUACUGGGCGCAUCCAUGCUCGAGGGCCAGUGGGCCUUGAGGGUCUUGUGAUCUACAAGUACAUGCUUCGGAGUACUGGAGGCAAGGGUCACGUCGUCAGUGACUUUGCAGUUGGAGGGAAGCGAUUCACACAUUCAAAAUACCGCUGCGACACCUGCCUCUCUGUCUCAAUGAUCUAUACGUAUAUACUGUAUACGAUACUUUUCUAAGAGCAGUUGAUCUGCUCGCUCA